CGAAUUCGUGUCACGAGGAGCAUGGCUCCUGCUUAGAGUCGGCUGAGUGCUUCUGCGAAAUGGGUUGGAAGGGUGAAAACUGCGACGAAUGCCACCCCUACCCUGGCUGCGUCCACGGCACCUGCAACCAACCCUGGGAGUGCACCUGCCAAGAAGGCUUUGAGGGAAUUCUCUGCAACAAAACCGUCUGCUCGGUGAAGUGUCACAAGGAGCACGGAUUUUGCGAGAAGCCUGGCGAGUGUCUUUGCAAGAGUGGCUGGAAGGGCGAAAACUGCGAUCAGUGCCAGACUGCUCCUGGCUGCGUGCAAGGAACUUGCAUCGAGCCAGGGCAGUGCAAUUGUGAGGCUGGUUGGGAGGGAGAACUCUGCGACAAAGCCAUUUGCUCUGAGAAGUGCAAUGUGGAGCACGGAUUCUGCCUGAAACCUGGCGAGUGCCGCUGCAAGGUCGGCUGGAAGGGAGAAAACUGUGACGAGUGCCACGCCUACCCUGGCUGCAUGCACGGCACCUGCAGCAAGCCCUGGGAGUGCACCUGCGAAGAAGGCUGGAAGGGAACUCUUUGCAAUAAAACCGUGUGCUCCGAGAAGUGCAACCUGGAGCACGGUUUCUGCCUAAAACCUGGCGAGUGCCGCUGCAAGGUCGGCUGGAAGGGCGACAACUGCGAUAAGUGCCAACCCAACCCUGGCUGCGUCAACGGCACCUGCGACCAACCCUGGGAGUGCAACUGCCUGCCCGGCUUCCGUGGAAAGCUGUGCAACCUCGAAAACGAGUAGUCUUGGAUGUUUGUCCGAGGUUUUCAAUAAAAAUUGAAUACUCA